AUGUCGUUGCUUCAAGACACUCCUAGUCAGACCGCAACGGAAAUCCUUUGGGAUGAGCGCCUCCAUUCUGACGCACAAUGGAGAUCUUGGAUCGGCCAUGUUGAAGCUAUAGCAACGAAGGCGGGGAUUUGGAACUAUAUCAACCCAAGCCUGCCAGAGGAUAAGGUGAAGAAAGAGCCAGUCGAUUCAAGGGAUACGUUCCCCCAGGUCUCGGAAGUACUCCACAAUGCGACAGAUAUAUCGGCCCUCAAUGACGCCGAAUACACCAAGUACUCGAGGAUGGUCACCCUUUUUGACAAGGAGAGAUCAUUUAACGAGCAGAUAAGGAACAAGAUCAAUCGAAUCGAUUCCCUCAUUUACCAAAACGUCGCUCCCGAACACCGCCACAUCCUCGAAGGCAAAAUGACACCAUACGCAAAGCUCGUGCGGCUCACCCAGCAAUUCGCACCAAAGGGUGACAACCGUCGUCAGCGCGUCCGAAAUGCAUGGAGAGACCUAGUUAAAAGGCCUCUCAAGGGACAGAGCAUGGACAAAUGGCUCGCAGCGUGGUCAAGCCUCUAUGAAGAAGGCAAGGCACUGAAAAUCCCUGAAGUUGCAUAUAAGGACGACGACGGCAACCCUGAAGACAGAGAUGCAAUUCGCGAUUUCUUGCAGGCCGUUGAAGCCAUUGAUGAGGUCUUCGUACACUUAUGGAGAAAGGAUCUUGAUGCAAAGCCAAAAGAGAAGGUUCCUUUUCAGGAUAUCCUUGCAGCGUUCCGAAAUUACCGAGGAUCGAAGCAGGUUGCAAAGCAGAAUGUCAGUGCAGUGGCAUUCGCUGCCACACUCAAUGGUCGUAACAGUUCGUCGCGUGGUAACGACAUCUCAUCUCGAUCAAAACUCGGUUGCGUUUGCGGAAGAACUGGUCAUGUUUCAAAGGACUGUUACCAUAUAAAUCCUUUGAUAAAACCCUCAAACUGGACGACUUCCGAAUACGUCAAGAAACGCAUCGAAGAGAACUUGAAGAAGCUUGGAUCGGAGGAAAGAAAGGAGAUCGAAAAGAUGAUGAAAAGCGAGACCGAACAGCCGACAAUCGCCAAAACCGCCCAAUUGACCAUCACUGACGAAGGCGAUAUCCCUACUGAUACGGUUGCAUUUUUCACAGCAACGAUUUCGUCUCAUGUCUUCAAAGCCGCCCUCACGCUUCCACUUUCAAUGUGCUGGAUUGUCGAUUCAGGGGCCAACCUGCAUAUAUGCAACCGACGCGACGCAUUUGAAUCCUUUGUACCCGACCGACGAACUAUAGCGCUAGGCACAGGUAAAUCUGUCGCUCUGGGACAUGGAACUGCUAAAAUCAGUGUCGUUCGGCCCAAUUCAGGAAAAAUUGAAGCGACAGUAAGAAACGUUUGGUAUGUUCCCGAUUUUCAGACCAAUAUAAUCUCGGUUUCCGAGAUAAAGAAACAUGGGUAUUUCUUCAGCAGCGAAGGCCCUUAUAUCACCAAUUCAAAAGGAGUGGUAGCCCAUUGCACAGAGCAAUAUGGUCUAUAUUUAUUAGAAGACCCUCUGACUGCACCAGUGGUAUUGAAUACCCUCAAAAAGUCUGCGAAACCUCUGAUGUCUGUCGCAUCCCGGCAGCUUUGGCAUCGCAGGCUUGGUCACAUCAACAUGAAACGCCUGGAAGUGUUGGAAAAAAUGGCAGCUGGCAUCAAAAUCAAACCAGAAUCGGCCGAAUCGCCAGCAUUAACCUCGGAAAAGUGUGAAGUAUGUGAGAAAUCGAAAACACAGCGACAGGUCUCCCGUAGGCCGGCUGGCAGGACCCAUGUCCAUGGGAAAUUUGGACGACUUCAUUUCGACCUAGUUCAUAUAAAAGAUGGGUAUAAUCAACACCAAUGGGUCUCACACCUCUACUGCGAAGGAAUUCGACUACACCUUGCCCAAACCCACGAAAAGAAGAACGGUUGCAUCAAUGCACUCAUCGCUUUUAUCGCUAUCUGCCGUAGUCAAUUCAAUAUGGAUAUCCUCGUGCUCAAAAGCGAUAGGGAGCCUACCUUGCACAGCGUGUUCCAUGAAUACUGCCCGGAGGCAGGGAUUUCAGUGGAAUUUAGCGUGAUUGGCACCCCUGAGCAGAACGGCUUUAUCGAGCGGGCAGGAGGAAUAAUCAUCACUACUGCAAGGGCUCUCAUUCAGGAAUCAGGCUUACCGAAGAAGCUUUGGCCGGAAGCUAUCACUGCAGCAGUGUAUCUGCUAAACCGCGUGCCUACCAAAAUGCCCACCGGUGAGUAUAUUAUCCCCUGGGUGGAAGCAAUGAAGCAGAGAGACCCUUCAAUUGAGCUGCGCCCCAAUCUGGCGAAUGUGAAGCUUUACGGCUGCAGGGCGUACGUUCGAAUCCAGGGCAUUGCAAGUUCUGACAAGAUGGCGGCACGUGCGGAGACCGGAUAUCUGGUUGGUUUUGUGGCGUCUAAUAUCUGGAAAAUCUGGUUGCCUCGAUUGAACAAGGUGGUGGAGGUGCGUGAUGUGAUAUUCGAUGAGAACGUUCGCUACAGCGACACCGAAGCCGCGCAGCCAAUUCCCCAAGAUGUGCUCAACGACGCGAUCUGGGAUGUACAAUAUGAGGAUUCCGAGCACGAACGUCCACAGUACGACCUCGAUGACAUAGCGUUAGAGAUCCCACCGUCGUUGUUGCCAUCAGCAACUCAGAACGAGACCUCAGUAUCGCAUCAAGAAGAGUUAGUGAGAACAAUGGAUCACUCACUGACCAAGACACAACAUAACCACAUCAAUUCGACACCUCCGCCAAUGAUGACGCCAUCCCCGACGCCAACGCCCGAAGCACCAAGGAACGAAGCCCUACCAGGUGCAUUUCCAAUUGACCGCACCGAAGCUGAGGGGGUGAGGGCGCUGGAUAUCGAUGCCAAUCCUGAUCAACAGCUCCUGGGCGACCUAUCCAACACUCUCCAUCAACCAGUUACCCCACCACCAGGAUACCGGCUAAGAGGAGAGCUCGCACCAAGGGAUAUCGAAGGAUCUGUCACUACCGAUAAUAUCAUCGAGGGAAGCCGUACCAGAAGCAAGAGGGCUCAUUUCAGCGUAAUCACUGCUAAUGAAGCCGCUGAAGAGGAUCCUGAUGAGUUUCAUGAAGGCUUUUUGAUGGCUUUCAAUGCGGUGUUCACGAAUAAAAGACCCCACCGGGAGGAUUUACCGCCUGCCCCAAAGAAUUGGUCCGAAAUGCUAAGGCACCCGCAUAGCGAAGGGUUUACCUAUGCAGCCGCAGUGGAAGUAAAGGCACUCGAUGCAAAAGGCACAUUUAAGGAAGUUGACAGGCCUUCUGACAGAGGACUUGAAGUUAUACCGCUUACCUGGGUUUUCACGUAUAAAUUUGAUGGCGAUGGGUUCCUGGUCAAGUACAAAGCCAGAAUCUGCGUUCGUGGAGAUCUACAGAAAGUCACGAAUGAUGAAAAAUAUUCAGCUACCCUGGCCGUCAGAACAGCCCGAUUACUCUUCGCUCUCGCAGCCCAAUUCAAUCUCGAUUCACGCCAAUACGAUGCUGUCAACGCCUUCCUUAACGCACUGCUAAAAGAGGAUGUGUACGUCGAACUACCCCCGGGCAUGUUCCCUAAGGGCAGAAGGUGCUGGAAGCUCCUAAGGGCCCUAUAUGGCCUGCGAAGAUCCCCCAGGCUUUGGCAGGAAGAAGCUACACGAGUACUGCUAUCGCUGGGCUUCAAAAUGGUGCAGGAAGACCUUUGCCUGUUCGUCAAGGGUGACAUUCUCCUCAUCUUCUACGUUGAUGAUAUUCUCAUUUUCAACCCACCGGUUGCAAGAAAGGAAGCCGAUGAUAUUGGAAGGGAGCUUGGUAAGGCUUGGGAGUUGCGAGAAAUGGGCGAAGCGCAGUGGUUCCUGGGGAUUCGCAUUAUCAGAGACCGUUCCAAAGGGCUUUUAUGGCUAUGCCAGGAUGCCUAUAUCUCCGCAAUGGCGAACCGCUAUCAUUUGGCCCAACAUCGCCGACUCGAAAUCCUCCCACAAUCAAUCAUGAAUUUGAAGCCUUUCAACGGCACUGCUUCACCAAGUCAUCAUCACGAAUAUAUGAGCAAGGUUGGAUCAGCUCAAUUCCCCACGAUUAUCACACGGCCAGACGCAGCCAAAGCAACCUCAUACCUGGCACAGUUUCUAUCCAAUCCAGGCCCUGAGCACCUACAUGCGAUUGAUCAAGUGAUAGUCUAUCUGAAUUCAACCAGAAACCUGGCAAUCUGCUACCGAAAGCAGACAAUUCCGCCGUCGGUACAGUUCAUGAGUGACGCAUCAUACGGGGAUAACCACGAUAGAAAGAGCUCUGCGGGAUAUAUCUGCAUGAUCAUUGGCGGGCCGGUUGAUUGGAAGGCUUCAAAGCAGAAGACUAUCACCACUAGCACGACCGAAGCCGAAUUACUCGCCCUGUCCGAAGCGGCCAAAUCACUGUCAAUGUGGAAGAGACUUUUCGACACCAUUCGUUUCGAUCCUGGUCACCCUGUCAUUCUCCGGUGUGAUAAUCAGCAAACCAUCUCCUUAUUAACUAAGGAAACACCUCAACUCCGAACCAAGCUGCGACAUGUGGACAUCCAUCACAACUGGCUCCGUCAAGAAGUACAAGCAGGAAGGAUAUCGAUCGAGUGGAUAAAGACAUCCGAUAUGAUUGCGGAUGGGCUUACGAAGAUCCUUCCUCGUCAAAAGCACCUCGAGUUCCUUCGAAUGCUAGGCAUGGAGGAUAUUAGCCACCUGCUGAAGGAUUUGGAUGAUGGUGAUCAGUGA